CUUCAUCGCGCAAUGCCAGGCAACUGCUGUAUCCAAGCAAUUCGCCAUAAUAUUAGUAUGUACAAGUACAGUCCUUAUGCCGCGUGGGCCAUGACGACCUCCCUCUCGCGCAUUCUUCGUGGAUGUCUGCAGUUAGGAUGCCUCCUGCUGAGCGCGGCCUGGGCGACAACGGCGGCGUCGCAGGACUCUGGCCCCAGUCGCGCUCAUGUCCAUAGCUACGUCUCCAACGGCAUCACGUUUACAUAUGUCCCAUUCCCGAUGACGUUCUCGAGCGCGGCGCGCUGGUGCGCGGUCACUUCCUCCCGCUUGGCAUCCGCGUCACUCCUGGAGCCUGAUGUGAUGCUGUGGAUCGCGCAACAGGCGCUCCGCAUGCCGCCCGGGGCCCUGCAAGCCGACACCGGGGCGUCAGCCAUUGCAAUGGGUGGUGCUGGCAGCCCACAGCUGUCCGAGGCAGCGCUGGAUCCAGCUGCCAUGGCCAUGGCUGCCGCCGCCGCCGCCCCCGCCGCUUCCCUAGCUUCCCCAUCCGGCGGCAGCGGCAGCCCUGAUGCGACCGCUAACCAGCAGCUGCUGCAGGAGCAGCGGCGGCAGGAGCAGAUGGUGUGGAUGGGCGAACUGCCGCUGCCGCUGGAGAUGCUUGCCUGGUGCCCGGGCGCGUACACGGCACCCGUGACUGCGGCUGCAGGGCAGCCGUCAGAUGGGGGCGCGACUGCGGCUUCCUGCCGCCCUGCCGCGGCGGCGGUGCUUGGCAGCAACCCCUGCUGGGCACGGUUCGCCUGCGACGACGCAAGCACCCUGACCAGCCUCACAGCGCCCUUCCUUUGCGCCAGCCUGCCGGCAGGGGCUGCAAACCCCAACACCAUCACCGAUGCUUCCAUUGAGAUCACUGCUGAUGGCUGGUAUGGCGCCGCGGGCUAUGAUGAGAGCCCACCGCCGCCUGUGCCCGCCCCGCCUGGUGACAGCGGCGACGGCGCCGGCGGCAGCGCCGGUGGCGUGCUGGGCCAGCUGUGGCGCCAGGGCUGGCGUGCCUCGACCCAGGAGGGCGUCCUUGGCGCACCACCGCUGCCGCCGUCACCACCACGCAUAGCCGCGGCUGCUGGCCCUUCCGCCGCCAAUGCCACCUUCAACGCCAGCGCCACGCCAUCGGCUUCUGUGCCGGCACCUGGCGGCGGCGGCGGCUGCCCCAGACCCAACGGCGACCUGUCGGGCUGUGCCGCCUCCUGGAAGCUUGGGGACCCGUUUGAGGGCCUGGCCCAAGUCAUGAGCGACAACGGCAUUACCGCAGCGCCGCCGCCACCCGGGCAGCACCCGCCGGCGCCGCCGCGCCAGAGCUGGCUUGCGAGCAGCAAGGGUGGCAUUGCGGUGUUGGCGGUCGCGACGUUCUGCGGGGCCCUGGUGGUGAUCGCCGUGACACUCGCCGCCUACAUCUACUUGUUCCUUCCCGCCACAUCGCCCGGUACUGAUGGGACAACCGCGACAGGCGGUGCCGCCGCCGCCACUGUGGGUGCGGCCGCGGGUGCGAGUGCCGAGAACAUGAGUCCUGAGGGCGGUGCUGGAGCAGCGGACAGGCGUAGCGCCGACGGCCGCGGGCGGGCUCCCAUUAGCCCUGAGGCUGCUGUUGCACCCAAACCCAUCGACACCCCCACACGGUGCGAAAAUGGAGAGCUUGGCGCAGGGCUCUUUGAGGACCGGCCCAGUCACUUCACCACCAUCACAUCGAGCCGGCGGACCAUCAGCAGCUGUGGCAGUGAGGCCACCGCACGAACCUCUCCUGCGUCGGACCCCCGCACAAGCACCAACAGCAACAGGAGCAGAGUGCUCCCUCACGCCCCACUGCACCCGCUGGUGGUUGCUGACGGCUGCGGCGGUGAGGCCGAUGAUGCCAUAACUUCAGCACCGGCUGUGGUCGCUGCCCGCACUGCCCCUGCCGGCUGGUGUGCCGAAGGUGGUGAGAGCGACGUUGUAGCGGGUCUCCCGCGGAGUGUUGCGGACGCCGCACGGAGCAGCUACAGCUGGCGGCGGCGCGGCGGCGGCAGCUGGAGGGAGCGCAGCGGCACGAACGCCAACGACAACGGCAGUAGCAGCAGCAGUCCGUCUGGAGAUGUGCUGGCCUCGCUUGCUGGCGUUGCAGGAGGCAGCCGUGCUGUGCGACCGUACGGUGCUAGUGAUGAUGGUUGCGGCGGCGCAUCCGCAUCCAUCUUCACGGCUGCUGCUGAGGCCGCGACCCUGCCGCCGAACGCCAUUGCCAGCCCCAGUGGUGGCGGCGCUCAUCCCUCCCUGCUCCCGGCUGUAACGACCGCUGCAGCCGAUGCGGCCUUGCCGCCAGCGAUGGCCGCCGCCGCCGCCGCUGCAGCAGGCACGCCGCAGGCCGCCCGCCGGACCCCAGCAGGCACGGGCGUGUCGCCGCGGAGCUGGAGGAACCUUCGUGCCAGCACGCCCAACAGCGGCGGCAGCGCCAACAGGCUCGGCGGCAGCAACAGCGGCAGUAGCAACAGCGCCGAGCGGGUGGCACUGGUGGCUGUUGCAGGUAUCGCUACAGGCGCAGCUACAGCCACGGCGGCGGCGCCUGCUGCAGCCAGCGGCGGCGGCAACGCGUUCAGCCUUUACACAGAUCUGCUUGCCGAGUCCCUGGAGCUGCGGCGCCGGCGGCGGUCGUGCGUGGCGUUGGAGCUGCGUGCGGAGACCCCGCGUGGCGGCGACAAGGUGUAGCUGUGGCGAUUUUUGCUUGGGCACAUUUGCAUACCGUGCGUAGUGCCUGUAAAUGCUCAUGUGGUGCGGUCCUGAUCUAGGGUGUUGGUUUCGCCCACCGGCUGCAACUAGGAGGCGCGUCACUGGAUGGAUUGCAAAGAACAUCGCGACCGUACUGCUGUGGUUGUCCUGUUAGUGGUGAUGGCUGAGUAAGGCUGUCGCGUAAAUGGUGAUGCCUGAGUAAGCCUGUGACGUGGUAUCAGUAAGGCAUGCGCGUCUGCAUCGCUGCACGCGACCAUCCUACCACACGCCCACACCCUUCCUCCUGCCACUGGUUUCGAGGGCACGCAAAGAUGUAGGCGGGCUGGUGAAUGUGUGUUUGCACAAGUCGUGCGCUCACAAGGAUGAGGAAUGUAGGAGGAGAGGGCAGCUUCCUCCUAUGGAAGGUCCUGUAGAGUGGGACGCUGUGGGUCUACUGCUGGUCAUCAUGUCUUCCGGUUCAGGCUGUGUCGCUGUGUGUCGGCUUUGAGGCCCAUAGAGCAGCCAAGAUGGCGCAGUCCCUCCUAUGCGGCAGCUCACGCUCCUCACAUGUUACAAAGAACUAAGCCGCUGCACGGGCAUGCAGUCAGCAGGCAUCCAGGGAAUGGUAGUAUCAGAUCCAAUGCUGCUGCAUGCAUGGGGCCUACCGUACUGCCGAUGCUAUGCUUGCUAUUGCUCCUUGGCUUCGUUCUGUAUUAUUUAAGCAAGCCUCCACACAACUAAAUCCAACCAAACACGGUUCCUGGUUGCUCCACACGUGCGGUUUCGUGAAGUGGCGGGCACCUAUCUGCCAACCUAAUCCUUACUUCCCUUACAAACUUCACUCAGGCCUCACUGCUUACCGCCGCACAGCUACCGCGAUUACUGGAAGACGCAAUCGUGGUUACGUGAUGCUUUAGACGACCCUUCACAAUCAUCAGGCACACGGCCUUCCGGGAUCACGACCAGAUGGUCCGGUUAAUCCGUACAUUACUAAUCACGACACCCCAGACAGGGUACGCAGACACCAGCGCUUGCCAGCUGACAUCGGGCGCUGUCCACCACCCGCCAGGAUCCUCUUCAUGUGCAACUUCAAGCCUUGCUCAUGCUUACCCUGUGACUCAAAGUGGGCUGCUAGCGCCUUGCAUGCCGUUCAGCCACAUACUGCAGAGUCCACUACACUCAACAUCGACCAACACUCCACCCACCACAGCGCGGCGUGGACCGCCUCAACCACGGGCCUUAGCAAAGACAUCACAAAGUUCAAGAAUGGAAAUCUAAGAAUGUCAGGACAUCCGCUACCUUUGACGUUUGCUACCAAGCCUCAGGGCUAGGAUCACAAAAGGCUUGCCAGCUCUGACCCCAGGCCAGCAUUCGUAAGCUCGCCACCCAUGCACACUGUACCCACACACGAAUGCGCGAAGCUGUACGCAUUGCAGUUAUGACACCUAAAAUGGUUUCGGUCGGGGUUGUCCACCGCUGUCAGUGACACGAGCCAUAUGUAGUAAGAGCCAAUUCAGGGAAGCAGGCCACGCCUGACUUCCGCAUGCGUCAAUUCUUUCGCCAACGA